AUCUACGUAAUUUUACGUGAUGCGUUUUUGGUUGACGACCCAUCCACAUUCCACCCGGGUGGUUAUGACAACUUCUCGGUUAUCCAUUCGACCCAUCCGGAACUGGAACCAGUUCAACGGUUUGAACCGAUUCCAGCUUGUGCGGGUUCUAUGUGUUAA